AUGCGCGUCGCCAGUACCGUCCUCGCACUAUCCUCAGCCGCCUCAGGCUUCAUACACCCUCGUCAAGCCUCUCACAACGAGACGUCCCCUACGCCAAAUGUCGCGGCGGCACAAUAUGAUGGAUCGUGCUUCUACCCCGUCCCAGACUCCAAGUUCAAUCUAGAAGCGUAUCUCGGAACCUGGUACCAAGUUGCGGGAACACCAUUCGGUCCCACAGCAGGCGCACGCUGCGUAACCGCAAACUACUCACUCAACGACAAUGGCACAGUGCGUGUUGUGAACACCGCAACUGUUGGACCACAAACUGUCGAUAUUAUCGGCACCGCUACGCCUGUAGACUCUGCUUAUGGCGCUGGCGGAGCUUUCGUCGUCAGCUUCCCUGGCGCAUCUUCGGCACCAGAAUGCCCCGGACCGAACUACAUUGUACAGGAUUACGCUGUCGACUGGGCGAUUGUGCAGACGCAGAAUUGGAGCACGCUUUACAUCCUGAGCAGGGAGCGACAACCAGCACCUGCCAGCAUUGAUGCCUGGAUUGAUCGCGCUGUGGCCUUUGGGUCCGACGCGACGUCAAUCUCGAAGUUCAACCAAACAGGCUGCGAAUAG